GAUUUUAUUUCCAUUCAAUACCUCCAGGAGCUUUCCAGCCGAUGCCUGGUUAAUCUUGUAGUCACAAGAUGGAAUGUUCUCAACGGAUAUGCACAAGAUUCAACUUUCAGUCGUUGAGGUUCUAGUUUUAAGCUUCACCGCCGACAACUAUGCUUUACCUGAAUUUGUUGCGGAAAUGGAAAACUUGAAGGUUCUAAUAGUCACAAAUCAUGGUUCCUUACCAGCCAAAUUGAGUAACUUUCAACUUCUGAAUUCUUUACCAAAUCUGAAGAGAAUCAGACUAGAGCGAAUUUCAUUUCCUUCCAUAACCAUGAAUCCCAUACAGUUGAAGAGUCUAAAGAAGAUAUCUUUCUUCAUGUGUAGCAUCAGUCAAGCUUUCAGCAACCCCUCCUUCCAAAUUUCAUAUGCAUUUCCAAAUGUAGAGGAAUUGAACAUUGACUAUUGCAGUGACUUGGUGGAAUUGUCUGGUGAUCUCACUGAUCUGAUUGAGUUAAGGAAACUCAGUAUCACCAACUGUCAUAACCUAUCUGCCUUGCCUGAAGAGAUUGGAAAGUUGAUCAAAUUGGAAGUCUUGAGGCUAAAGUCUUGUACGGAUCUGGUAACAUUUCCAGCCUCAAUUAAGAACCUCGACAAGUUGAAGGUGCUCGACAUUUCUGAUAGCUUCAGUAUCAAGAAGUUGCCUGAAGACAUUGGUGAAAUAAGCAGUUUAGAAAAGAUCAAUAUGAGAGACUGCGAUAGGCUGCAAGUUCUACCUUCAUCAGUUUAUGAUCUCACGCAACUAAAUGAAGUGAUAUGUGAUGAAGAAAUAAAAGAGUUAUGGGAGAUUUUCGGGCUCGAAAUCGACGUAAGGGUCCUCAAAGAUGACUUCAACCUAGAUUGGCUGAUUUGGCUCUCAAAGUGA